AAAGGUUAUAAAACUAAAAGUACCAGUUACGAUUACGAUUACGAGUUAGAGGGGAAAUUGAUAGUUUCGCAAUUUGUAUAAGGAACGAUACGGCCAUAACAUUAGUUAGAAAUGAAAAUUAAAACUAUUCAAAAUCUCUCGUACAAUAUAACACAAGCUAAAAGUAAAAUUUCGAUGUACAAGUCGUUUGUUGGACUUUAAAACUGUUUCCGAAGAUUUAUUUUAAAUGCUACAUUUGGUACCGUUGCGAGAAAUUAAUUAACAACUUAAAAAAAAAAAUUUAAUUGGACACCAUACCACCGCCAACAUAAUCCAAUAAAAAAAGGGCGCAGCAAAUAAUGCUAUUUAAUUAAGGAUAACUAUACGAUUUUUUUUACUUUUUCUUACUCUCGAAGUUGACUAUUACCAAAACAGUUACUCUGCAUGGGAACCGUAGAAAGUAAUAUCUCGACCUCUGAAAAGCCCAAUCAGAUUAAUUAACUAGCGCAGUAAAUAAUACUGGUUAAUUAACGGUAAUAAUACGAAAUGUUUUUGGAAACAGUAAGAAGUAAAUAUUUGGCCGCUCCAACGUCCAAUAAGAUAUCUAGGUAAUUAAAUAUAGAAAACACGCGGCUGAUUUUAUUAUUGAAUUAAAUGCAAACGCGGCAAUUUAUUAUUAUCAAUUGAAUUUAAAAAAAACACGCGGCAUUCUCAUUUUUAUUUAUAUAUAUACGAGGACAAUAAUUUCUACACAACCUCUUGAACUCAUUCCUGACUCUAUUCUCCUCCUACUCUGUUUUUGUUCAUAAACAUAAGCCUUGCGAAGUUGAAGAAAACAGCAAUCCAGCGAUACUUGAGAUGGGCUCAGGACAUAUGACGAAGGAUCUGGGCCGCUCAUCGGUUUUCAUCCAACGGCUCAGUAGCGCCCUCCUGAUCGACGAUUUCCAAAAACCAAUAUAUACGACGGACAGAAACAUUCUCAGACUGAAGCAUUACAUCUCUGUGAUCUUCUGGAGAACGCUUCCGUUGCGGAUUUGGAGAAGGUGCACAGGGAGUUCCGCGAGCGACUCUUCUUCCUUAGCGAACACGAAUUCGGAUCUCUCCUUCUGAUGAAGUUCUGUGCAAGGAUCAGUGAUCUCAAUCUCGAGGAACCUAUCAUUCAACUCCUUGCUGAUCAUAUCGCCGACUUAGAGAGGAUGAAGAUGACUUUGCUCAAUGGCAUUUGUUGAAGUUUUCGCCUUGCUCCUCAAACGUAUAGACAUCAUGAAAGAAUCUAUGGAUGUUAGACCUCUGUUCAGUUCUCUAUUUCGGACUCUUAACGUUCGUCAGCUUGAGCCAUUGAUGAGGUUAAUCGAUUUCAACAUCAUCAACCUAUCCAGUGAUCCUAGAAGCCUUGCAAACUUUGAGUCCAUGGUUCAAAUCGCCAGAUAUGAUGUUCAGAUGUGUCUCAUUGACAUGAUUAGACCUUGUGUUCUUGACAUUGCACGCGACAAAAAUGGGAACAAUGCUUUGCAAAGUCUGAUCAUUCUUCACAAUGGAGCUUCCGACUUUCUUGUCAAUACAAUGGCAAACAACAUUACCAGCUUGUCACAUCAUCCAUAUGCUAGCUUUGUUAUCCAAAAGUGUCUGCACCUUGGCAGCAAGAGGAAUGUCCUCUUCAUCAUCUUUGAGCUCUCAACCACUGGCCUCGUCUCUUUGUUGUAUCAGCGCUUUGGGAAUUAUGUCUUGCAAUCGGUUGUGAGAAGGCUCUCUGUUUUGAAUGCUGAGCAGUGCAGGGAACUCAUUUCUGAGAUAUUGAGCAGGAGAAACGAGUUAGAGACUCAUGACUCGGCCAGAAAGGUUGUCAAGACAUGCGAUUAUGUUCUAAAGAAGAUGUGAGUCUAGAAGAAUCCACCUAUAUGUACAAAGACUUAUACAUAUUCUUGCUUUGUUGUUACCUAACCUCUUUGCCAAAGAGUUGUUUGUCUAGAUGCCUUUAUCUUCUAUUGAGGAUGAGAGGAUUGGUAGUAGAAUUUGAUUGUGGAGGCUCUCUUUGUACAAAGAGAUACAUAUUGUUGCUUUGUUGUUACCUAUUAUAGAACUAUAUAAUUGCCUUUUGUACACUCCAUUGAUAUCUCGGUAUAUUCCUUUGUUGACUUGUC